AUGGGAAACAAACCACAUUCUUUAACACCACACAUUUAUAUUCUUAAUGAAAAAGCCAAUAACUUCAACAAAUAUGUACUUUGUUUAUAUUGUAGAAAUGCCUUGGGUCAUGAAGUUGCAUAUCAGAAUAAAUUAUUGAAUAAAAAAGAUAGAAUUAAGUCGCAUUUAAAAAAAUGUGAAAAUUUCAAAGUGGUAGUAGGAGAGCAAAACAUUAAUCAAAUUUUAGAAGAAGAAAUACACCCAAAUUCUCAAAAAAGAGCACGUACAAUUGAACCAAAAUCAAUAUUAGAGGAUCACUUACUUCGUAUAACUGUAUCUAAUGGUUUGGCUUUCAGGUGGAUUGAAAGUGAAGAAGUAAAGUCCCUUUUCAGAUGGUUGAAUCCAAAUAUAAGACUUCCAAAUAGGAAGGCUCUUUCUGGAAGAAUUUUGAAUGAUGCAUCUCUUAAACAUAAUAGUUGGAUAAAAGAACAAGCAUCUAACUCUGAAUAUGGUGUGACAGUUGCAUUGGAUGGUUGGUCGAAUGUUGUCAAUGAAAAAAUACUUGGUGUAAUAUUAAUUACAAAUGAAGGUGAAACACUAGUAUGGAAUGCUUAUGAUAUUAGUGGUGAGAGAAGUCGUACUCAAGAAGUCCUCCAACAUAUUACAUUGAUUUUUGAAGAUUUACAGUCAAAAAAUAUAAUGAUAAAUGCUGUAGUUACUGACAGUGCAGCAGAAUAUGCAGCAGCUAGACGUCAACUACGUGUUCAACAUACAGAUAAGGUGUUCAUCCCUUGCUUUGCACACCAAGUAAAUUUAUGCAUUGGUGAAAUAUUUAAGGAAUCAUACAGGAUGAAGCUUGUUGCAAAAGAUGCAGUAGCUAUUGCAAGUUAUUUUAAUAAUGUUAAUCAUGCAUAUUGGAUAAAAAGACUUCGUGAUGAACAAAUGGAUUUGUAUAGGAAUACAUAUGGUUUAGUAUCACCAAAUGAUACUCGAUGGAACUCAAAUUAUGAUUGCUAUGUAAGUUUGUUGAGAUCCAAAGGAGCUUUGAAGACAUUAGUAACCAAAUAUCAAGCCACAAGAAAUUUGAGAACUAAUGAAAGAUCCCUUGUACUUUCUGAUGAUUUGUGUCAGAUUAUUAGUAAUGAAGAGUGGUGGGAAGAUGUAGAAGAACUUAAAGAUCUUAUGAAACCUUUUGCAAGAUGUUUGGAUAAAUUACAGGCAGAUAAGGCACAAUUACAUGAUGUUAUAUUGUCAUUUG